CUGUCUGUCAUUUUUUUAGUUGCGAAAUAUCUUUUGACUUGGUACACUGCCGUUUUGUACUGCGUGCAUUUUCUUCUCCUUUUAUAAAAAUUGAAAUUUUAUCUUCAAGUUUUCGACGAUUCAUAGAUACGUCGGUGUGUUUGCUAUACUUGCAAAGUAUAAAGUAAUGAAUAGACGUGCCCCAAUUCCAAAAACGACGUCUUCCAUGGUGGUGUCGUGGUAUUUGAUGGGUGCCUCAAAGAAUCACAAUUCCUCAAAACUUCUUCGUGUAACAGCUCUGUCUCACAAACACAGACACGACGUGAGCUAAACUCGAGUGCUACGCAAAAUAAACUAAAGAAAAAAAGAAAAGUUUUUUAUCGUUUCUGUGUUUUUAUCUUCGGUUUUGCUUGAUUGUGACGUUUGUUGUUUUUCGGUGAUUUGAUCGAUCGCGAAGAGACACUUGCCCACACGUCCGCUUGUCUCGUCUUGUAGUUUGCCCCCACCACAGAGGUGACAACAAAAACACACGCGUUUGAAUGUAGUGUAGCGAAGAGUUUGCUUCGCCGAUCGUCGUGUUCUACAGAACGAAACUAUGGGCAUUCAAAAUGAGCUGAGUGUCGUACAUUGUCGCAAAUCUCUUCUACAUCUUGCAAUUCUCACGUCCAUGUUUGCUGCUGCCGUUGCUACAGCAACAACACUAGACCCCAUAAACACUCAUCUUCAUCAACAUCCCACAGUGCCAUCUCCCGAUUCACCACCAGUACCGCCGCCUCCCCCAGUACCACCUGCCGACGAAGAAAAUAUGUCGUCGUCCAGCCAGAAGGCCAGCAACGAUCAAAUAUUAGUUGAUAAACAUCAUCUCCGUCCAGCAAUACCCUUCUGCAAUGAUAAGCAGGAACGCACAAUCGGCCGUAGACUUUUAUAUGUGAGUACGCUAGAUGGACGACUGUCCGCGUUGGACAUCACCAAAGGCGGAAAAAUGCGCUGGAGUAUACCAACGGGACCGGGCCCAUUGAUUUCCUCCAGUAUACAUCGCUUGGAAUUGACAAACAAUGGACAAUUUGUGCGAAUGAUACCAUCACUGAGUGGUGGCAUAUAUAAAUUUGAUGGACAAUCAAUUGAUCCCAUACCCAUUACCACCGACAACUUGCUAAGUUCUUCUGCCAAGUUCUCCGACGAUUUGGUAAUUUCUGGAGGAAAGGAAACUCGAACAUAUGGUGUCUCAGCACGUACUGGACAAAUGCUUUACGAAUGCUCCAUGGAGGGCUGUGCAAAUGCCACCGGCCCUGAUCCCAAUAUCAUGGCCCCCAUAGAAGAUGACGACAACACCUAUGACAAUGAAAAUGACGAAGGAUCAUAUCGUACUCCUAACUAUAUGGAUGAACAUGACCCCCUGGUGGAUGAUGUCAUCGUAGUUAGACGUUUGACACAAACAGUACGUGCGAUUGAGACUCGCACGGGUAUGGAGCGUUGGAAUUUUAGUGUGGGACAACAUGAAUUGGAUUUAGUGCGUUCCGAAGAUUGUCACGAUCGCAAAUUUAGUGACAUUGAUAUGGCCAUGUUGGACUUGGAUAUUAAAGUUAUUGUGCCCGAGGGCCUUAUAUGCGCUUUUAGCAAAAUGGAACCAUCGGUUAUGCUAUGGAAAUAUAAGUUCAGCCAUCCCAUUGUUAAUGCUUGGAAAAUAAGUGCAUCCGAUAAAUUGGAAUCAAUUGAUAUGUUUGGAUCUGCCCAAUGGUUAUGGAAUCGAGAUGAUAAUGUAUACGAAAUGCCGCCACCAACAAUAAAUCCAUCGAUAUAUGUGGGAAUGUAUGAUAAACAAUUGUACAUACAGGAAUCUGUCAGCCUGCGCAAGGAAAUACUUGAUCAAUCAAACUUAUACACCCAAAUAAUGGCAGAAUCCCAAAUGCCGAAAAUUCCUUGGCGUCCCAUAUCAGCCAGUAGCAGUUCUCUGGUCAUAUACCAAGAGAACGGAGAUAAAGUUAUUGCACCAGGCGGAAGUGAUGCCCCAGCCUUGCCUAGCUCAGAAAUUCGUGGUAACGAGUUAGUACCAUACGAUGAUGAAAUGUUCGCUUUGUCCGCUCAAUCGGUACUGAAUGCUUCAGAAUAUGUAAAUGGCAAUGGUUUCUAUCUUUACACAGACAAGGAAUUGGAAAGGAGUAAAGACGAUGUUGUAUGCAAUUCAAAUAGUAGUAAAGAAAAAAGCGGUUUGCCGGCUAUUAAAGAUGCCGAAGAAAAGGAUACAACUUCCAAUAAUACCAAUGAUGACGAUUUAGGCUUUAAUUUAGAUGAUAUCGAUGCCCCAGUGAGAGUGGUCAUCUUGUCGUUGUGGUAUUGGUGGAAGGAAAUUGUCGUUAUCGCCUUUACAUCGGCAAUAUUGAUGAAUCUUUUCAUUGGACAACGAAAUCGAGAACGGCAAAUAGUAGUCAUUGAACGUCACAUACCAGUCCCCACGGGUAUAGAGGCAACUGAGUCCUCAACAGCCGCACUUCUGGGCCCAAUAACAAACACUCCACAAACAACAACGACUAACGCCAAUACCAAUUCUAAGAGUACCAAUGGCCCCCAUCGUUCCUUAUCCGAGUCAACUUCUCAUUCUGGAGAACAUUUUACUUCACGUUUCCAAUCUGAUUUUGAUAUGAUGCAGUGCUUAGGCCGUGGUGGUUUUGGCGUUGUUUUCGAAGCCAAAAACAAAUUGGAUGAUUGUAGGUAUGCCAUUAAACGCAUAACAUUGCCCAAUAAAGAGGAGUCCCGAGUACGUGUUAUGCGCGAAGUAAAAACUCUGGCCAAUUGUGAACAUCAAAACAUUGUUCGAUACUUCCAGUCAUGGGUAGAGAAACCACCACCAGGUUGGCAAGAAGAGGAGGACAGCAAGUGGUUAGCCAAUGAGAUGUCAACUUCCAUACAAAUUGAGACGCCUACCGACACACAUUCCGUCUUCACGCCUAAUCCCGUGGAUAAGAAACAACAAUUAAAGUCAUGGAUGGAUUCUAUGGCUUCAACAGCUUGCAGUUCUGAUCAUGGAUGUGAUAAUAACCAUUUGAAUGGAAUAGAUGAAGACGAGGAUGACGAUUCAUGCAUUAUAUUCCGCUCAGAAUCACAAUCGUUGGCCAUGAGGGAAGAAGACACUGAGAGCGGCAGCGAAAGUGACGAUGAAUGUUCAACGACAAAUAAGACAAAAUCUCAUAAUGGCGCUAUAUCCAUUGAUAUCCACACCAAUUCCACUGACAUAAGUCUGAGCCGACGUAACAAACGUAACAUUGACUAUUCCCAACUGUCGGAUUCAUUUCAAAUUGAAUUUGUUGGCUCGGCUAAUGGUGAAGAUUCACAGGCUGAUAUAACACAAGAUAAUGACGACGAUGAUGCCAACAAGGCUUUCAAUAAAAAGAAAAGUCGACCUAAGGAUUUGGCCUUGAAUAUCAGUAUGGGCGAAAAUAAUAAUAAUUGUCGUGAACUUAUGCAGGCCUCGCAUGUGGCGAAACCGGCCCAAAACAAAGUCUAUCUAUACAUUCAAAUGCAGCUGUGUCGCAAAGAGUCAUUGAGGGAUUGGCUUCGAGACAAUGUUACCGAAAAUCGUUCAGAAUAUAUAGCCAGUAUUUUCCACCAGAUUGUUGACGCAGUCGAUUACGUACACUACAAAGGCCUCAUUCAUCGUGAUCUCAAGCCCAGUAAUAUAUUCUUCUCCCAGGAGGGACAAAUCAAAAUCGGCGAUUUUGGUCUUGUUACAGAUAUGGCUGAUAUACCAAAUAUGGUGACAAAAUGUGGCGACAAAACCGGUAUGCCGUCUUGUGCCCGCCACACCCAGCAGGUUGGCACCCAUCUCUAUAUGUCUCCCGAACAACUGCGUGGCCUUCCCUACGAUUUCAAGGUGGACAUAUAUUCGUUGGGUUUGAUAUUUUUCGAAUUACUCGUUUACUUUGGCACCGAAAUGGAGCGUAUUAUGACCCUCAGAUCGCUACGUGACGGAGUGUAUCCAAAGGAUUUUCCGCACAAGCAUCCCAAAGAGUAUGAUCUGUUGAAGAAAAUGCUUUCUUCUACCCCGUCUGAGAGGCCUGCAACACCAGAAUUGAAGGUGAAGUUGAAUGAGAUCUUAAAACUUCCCGAAAUGCCUGGAGAUAGUGAAGCUGCUGCAAUAGUUGCAGCUGCACGACGCUUAAGUCGUUCGCGUACUUUUAGUAGCUCUGAAUAAGUUAAAAAUAAACCAUUACUAACAUAACACACAUACCAACCACAGUAGAGAGUAUAUAAGGAUUUAGUUACUGAGUUCGAAUCGAAUUGCAGGAUCCACAAUUUCUUUACAUUUAUUUCAACAAAUCUAGUUUUUCGGUUUUGAAUUCAUGUAAAAUUUAUAUGAAAAUAUACUAUUACAAAUAGUUUGUAAUAUUUUUUCUACACAAAAUAUGAGCUUGAUUCCCACGGAAAUGGAAAUUUUGUUUAGUUCAGAUUAUUUGGCCCAAAAUAGUUGUAUUGUACUUAUAAAUAUUCCUAUUUCUAUUACAAUUGAAAUAAAUACGUCUUUCACUGCUACAUACUCCCUUAUCAUUUGACCACUUUCCCGCCCUCUCAUAAUUUAUAUUCAAUUGGCGUCUUUCGAAGUCUAGAAAUGUUGAAUUAAUUCUUUUGUGUUUUUUGUUUGUUUUGAACUGCUGUCAUGUCCUAGGAGUUUUCUUAAUUUAUUUUAAAUAUUUUUUUCUAUUAACAUUUUUUCCUGCAUUAACAAUUUCACAAUUACUAACAUUUUUAAUUUUAUUUCUAAGCACUGAGUUAUGCACUUAAGUUAAGUAUGCUUAGCGUAUUUGCUUUUUGGCAUACCAUUCUCCGUAUUUGUAUUUAUAUCUCCCGAUUAGCCAUAAUCCCUAAUGCAAAUUUAGGAUUUUGGCUGGGGUGGAGAAUUUUCUUUUAAGCCAUUGCCAUCGUUUUGAAUGUCAAAGACACUUCUAUCAUAAGUUAGAGUUUAACGCAGGAAUGUGAUGUACCCAUCGGACAGUUUUUGUUAUCGAAUCUGAUGGCGAAAUGUUCUGAACGAAGACUAAGAUUAAUAUUUUUUAUCAUAUAAUUAAGAUUAGUUUAAAAAAUAGUUUUAUAAGCUUAGAUAGAGUGUGUCAAACUAUUUAUAGACUAUUAAUAGAACUCGACUUAUUGUGAAUAUCUAUAAAGAAAACAAAACUAUAUUGUAAGUACAAGCAAUAAAAUGUUUAAAAAUUAUUUUAUUGACUGAAUACAAAAA